GUUGGAAAAGAUGAUUUGGAGACAAGUAAACCCACCCAAGUAAACACCAAAGCUCAGCUGAGUCACCCAUUGGUCAACCAGUACAGUCUGACUUUAGGUCAGGACCUCGGGCAGCAUGACACCAAGUCUCUCAUCAAGUGUGUGGAAACUCUCUCUUUCAUUGUUCGCGAUGCUGCCCACGUCACCCCAGACAACUUUGAGCUAUGUGUUCGAGCCAUACGCGUGUUUGUGGAGGCUAGCCUUAAUGGAGGUUAUCGAAACCAUGACAAGAAGAAAAACCACAAAUAUGACUCAAAGUCCCGGAUGAGAAAGAAACCAGUGGGUAGGGAGAGAGAAAUUGGAGGCAGCACAAGACGAGUUGGGAGUCGAUUAUCAAGUCAGCGUCCAUCACGUUCUCACAGUGACGAUGAGGAGGAUGAGGGUGUCCCAGCCAGCUAUCACACAGUGUCAUUACAGGUUAGUCAAGAUCUGUUGGACCUGAUGCACACCCUUCACACCCGGGCCGCCAGCAUCUACAGCUCCUGGGCAGAGGAACAGCACCAUCUAGAGCCCUCUGGCAAAAAGAUAGAAGCUGACUCUCAAACUUUGUGGACCAGCUGCUGGUGCCCACUACUGCAAGGAAUUGCUUGGCUAUGCUGCGAUGCCAGGCGACAAGUCCGCAUGCAGGCCCUCACUUACCUCCAAAGAGCACUGCUUGUCCAUGAUCUGCAGGCACUUGAUGCGGCUGAGUGGGAGUCCUGCUUCAACAAGGUGCUUUUUCCACUGCUGACUAAGCUACUGGACAACAUCAGUCCAGCAGAUGUGGGUGGUAUGGAGGAGACCAGAAUGAGAGCCUGCACACUGCUGUCAAAGGUCUUCCUGCAGCACCUUUCACCUCUACUUUCCCUGCCCACCUUCGCUGCCCUCUGGCUUACCAUUCUGGAUUUCAUGGACAAGUAUAUGCAUGCAGGGUCCAGUGAUUUACUGCUGGAGGCAAUUCCAGAGUCUCUAAAGAACAUGCUACUAGUGAUGGACACUGCAGGGAUUUUCCGCAGCUCUGACUCUAAGACUGGAUACUCAGACCUGUGGGAAAUAACAUGGGAACGUAUUGUGUGCUUUCUUCCAAACCUGAGGGAAGAACUCUUCAAACAGACAGUUACACCAGUUCGCACUUGA